UCCGUUCAACCAGUGAGGGUGUGUUGUAUAUGUAUAUAUAGUGCAAACUGUAAUCAGGUGCUUGUUGUGGAUUUUUCUUUUGCAACAUUUAUCAAAGCUAACUUGAAAUACACUUGUCGCGUUUCGCGUUAUUCGUAUUUUAGCACUCAAAUAAUACGCUCUUCAGAUUUUUUGCAUAUUUUUUGUUUCGACUGUUGGUUGGAAAACAUUUUCCUGCGUUUUCUAAAGAAACGAAAAUAAAAAUAAAAAAUUUUUUGCGUGAAAGAGGAGAAAAAGAUUACGAUCAAUAUGCCAAUCUCAGAUUUUCGUAAAAAGAAAUUGUUGUACGUCUUCAAUGUAUUUUUCGAUGUAAAUCAGAGUGGCGAAAUCGAUAUCAAGGACUUUGAGCAAGCUAUCGAAAAAAUAUGUUCUUUGCGAGGAUGGCCAUCAGGUCAUGCGAAAAAUAAAGAAACUCAUGAGGCAAUGUUGACUAUAUGGGAAGGACUACGAUCGAAAGCAGACAAAGAUAACGAUGGCCAGGUAUCUGUUGAAGAGUGGUAUAACAUGUGGGAUGCUUACGCUAAAGAUCCGAGCGGUGUAUUGGACUGGCAGUUGAGAUACAUGAAUUUCAUGUUCGAUUUGGAGGAUGCAUCCAACGAUGGUACCAUCGAUGCUCAGGAAUUCGCUCUAGUCUGUUCCAGUUAUGGCCUGGAUCCGAACGAGUGUGAGCAAGCCUUUGCCAAGAUGUCUAAGGGUGCCGUUGAGGUCAAUCGUGACGAAUUUGCCAUUUUGUGGAGAGAAUACUUUUCCACUGAUGAUGUUACUGCACCGGGCAACUUUAUCUUUGGCAAAACAUCCUUUUAACAAAACUGAACUCCCAUUUACAAUUGAAAAAUGCCGUUAAAUCUUAUAAAAAUUCAAUUUUUUUCAAAUUCCUAACUAAAAAAAAACAAUUCAAAUCAAUUAAAAUGAAUUACAAAAGAAAAAAUUGAGAAAUAAAAUCAAUAAAAGCGAAUUAUAGAAUUAUAUUGAACGAGAUUUCAACCAGAAGAUAA